AUGGCGACUUCGUUGGAUGGUACGAAAGGAAAUAUCGUCGUAUUAGGUGCAACGGGUAAUACCGGCUUACAGCUUGUAGAACAAGCUUUGGAGCGAAAUUAUAAAGUUACGGCUCUUGUCAGAAGCCCAGAAAAACUUGCACACCUAGAGCACAAACAUCUCGAAGUUAUCAAAUGUGAUUUGAUGAAUCCACUCGAUCUGACUGCACAUAUGGAAGGACGUACAGCUGUCUUGUCAGCACUUGGCCAACCCGGUUUGCAAAUAGCAGGCAUGACGUUCUACGAAGAUUCGAUGAAAUCAAUUGUUACUGCAAUGCGAAAUGCGAAAAUAAAGCGCUUGAUAUGUGUAACUGCUUUCUACACGAAAUAUCAACCUGAAAAGUAUCCGUUCAAGUUCAAACUUAUCAUUCGUCCGAUGAUUGGUCGUCAUUUAGAUUCCAUGUAUGUCAUGGAAGAAUUUCUUGAGAAAGAAUGUCAAGAUUUAGAUUACACGAUCGUUCGUCCACCUCGUUUACUGGAUGAUCAAAAGGAAGUGAAAGUCAACGAAAAUGAAUAUUUUUUUCCUGAUCAAUCAACAGCUAAUCGAAUUCCACGAGCAAACGUAGCUCGUUUUAUGCUCGACAUAUUAAAAGAUGAAAAGUAUCUUCGGCAAGCUGUUGCAAUUGACAUGACACCAUCAUAG